AUCCGGGUUAUUCGACCCAAACGGUGACUCCCGCCCCGCCCCGCCCCGGAAGAAGCCGCUGGGUCUCGGGGCGGCGGCGGCGGCUCCUUCCCUGUGGGGCUGAGCGCGCACCAUAAGGUAACUCUGUCAGCACCCACAGUGCCAAGGAUGAAAACAGAAGCUAAGGAUGGAGAAGAGGAAAGUCUUCAGACAGCUUUCAAAAAGCUAAGAGUUGAUGCAGCAGGGUCCACUGCUUCCCUUCCUGUGGGUGAGGGUACAAUUCCAAGAGCACUGGUUAGAACAGCUACAGACGAAACCAAAUCUAAGAAUGUGUGCACAUCUAAAGAAGCCUGGCAUGGGUCUAUGAGGAAACCUUCAAGAGGGGCAGUGAGAACCCAGCGUCGGAGGCGUUCUAAGUCUCCAAUCCUUCAUCCUCCUAAAUUUAUCCACUGCAGUUCAAAAACGCCUUCUGUGUGCAGCCAUCUGGUACACAAGAGCCAGAUUGACACUCCGGACAACAGCACCGGGCUAGGGGUGCCAAUCCCAAAGGAAUUCUGUGCAAAUGAACAAUCCAGUCCUGUUCUUGAUGAUGCUGGCCACAAGGGAGUUGGUGCUGAGCAUUCGGGGGCUUCUGUUGCAGAGCCAGUGCAAGAGAACAAACAGGAAGACUCUUCUGUUGCUGUUUCUCUGAUGUCCAAAGCAAGUCUAAAGACCACAGAUCUUUCUGACUUCCAGUCAGUGUCCGAACAAAACAAGAGUAAGCCAUGUGCAUGCAUGGACAAGGCCUGUCAGUGUAAGCAGUGGCAAGACAUGGAAGUGUACAAAUUCUCCGGCUUGCAGAACACCAUCCCAUUGUCACCGGAAAGAACAGUUGUUGAGGACCACUCCCAGCCUUUGCCAUCAAGAACUCCCUCAAGCUCUCCACGAUCUUGCUCUGAGCAAGCAAGGGCCUAUGUGGAUGAUGUGACUAUUGAAGACCUUUCAGGAUACAUGGAAUAUUACUUGUAUAUUCCCAAGAAAAUGUCUCACAUGGCAGAAAUGAUGUACACCUGACAUCAAUGGGCUUUAGAGAAAGGGUUUGAUUGAAAUCUGCCCUCAGUCACGCUCCACAUGAGAAGCAAUCCACUCCCUGCUUACCAUGCUUGCAAUAAAAACACUUCAUUGCAUCUCAGCUAACUUUUGUUAUUUAAACCAGACAAAACACCUUAAUUUAGAAACGUGACAGCUCUAACCCUAGAAUGGUGGUUGGUUUGGUUAAAGAACUGUCUCUUCCCAUAUCUGCUUAUGGAAAAGAGAACUUGGGAAAUUCUGCAUUGAUUAAAGGUCUUAUUUAAAAAAAAAACAACAACCCUGCAGUUCUGGGUUAUUGCACAGACCGGUCCAUAGAAAGCACUAUAUGGGAUCAGACCUCUUUAUUUGGGAAGCCUGGUGCUGCAUCUUAGCUCAUCUGAGGUACCUUUUUGAUGUUUGAUUGCAACUCAUAUGCAGGCAGUUAUGGAUUCAGGGUUAGCUUUGGAAACUUGUUAAGUGGGGCUGUAUAGCACCAAAUUAUGGGAACACUUUAAAAGUGGGGGUCAUGCCCCAUUUUUUCCUUAAACUUUAUAUCCAUUGCUCUAAUUCUUUCCAGGUGCCUGAAUUUUUGCUUUUCUGGGGGGGUGCAAUGUUUGUUUUUUUAUGAUUAAAGAGCAGUUUUGUUUCUA